AACCUUGCACUUUAUUAAAAUUAAUAGCAGUACUAGUCGUAUGUCCGUCCGCCUCGAUUGCGGCGUUAUUACAAUGAAUCAGGGGCUUUCGCAACAGAAAAAUUAUUUUCCGUUUAAUUUUAAUCCAGAUUAUUAUCACUCGUUUCAUGUAUUGGUGCUAGUAUUUGAAUAAUUUGGCCAGUUUUUUCAAUAUUUUGACGAUUAAACUGCUUAAAUCCGGCAGUCCAGUGACCCAGACUCCAGUCGGAGUAAGUUAAUUAAGCGAUUACAUGGGAGAACAAAAUAGGAUGCGCUUCUUAUACCUUGCUUGAACUUUCGAGUUUGGAAGAUGAGCGCCGCAGGCGAGAACGCGAUUAAACGAAUCGAUGAGGAUUCCAGACACCAAAUUUCGUCGGGAACAGUCAUCGAUUCAUUGGCAACAGCGGUUAAGGAACUGUUGGAAAACAGCCUUGAUGCUGAAGCUACUGCAGUUGAGAUUCGGUUAACAGACCAUGGCACGGAAUGCAUCGAGGUAUCUGAUAAUGGCCAUGGAAUUGCGGAAGAGGAUUUUGGUGCACUGGCGUUAAAGAGUCAUACCUCGAAAAUUACGGAGUUUGAUGACUUGACUACUGUGGAAAGCUUUGGAUUUCGCGGCGAGGCAAUCAGUGCUUUGGCAGCCUUGGGGGAUCUCAGUGUGCAAACAAAAACCAAAGAUAUGUCAGGCGCGUAUGUCCUGAAAUUCAAUCGAAAAGGGGAAUUGAUCGAAAGGAAGCCUGCUACCCGAAAUGUGGGCACAACGGUUACAGUGCGACAUCUGUUUGCAACGCUUCCGGUACGACGUGAUCAAUUCGUGCAGAAUACGAAAAAGGAGCUCUUGAGACUGACUCGCACUCUAAACAGCUACGGAGUGAUCGGCAGCGCCAGACUGUCCUGCGUUGACUUCGUCAGUGGGAAAACCAUAAAUUUGCUUCGCCUGAAUGGACGAACUGAUAUGUUAUGCAACAUUCGCGAAAUAUUUCCGGCUGCAACGGCAAAUAACUUGGUACCUUUGCGCACCAGCGUGCCCAAUCAGGAAAUCUUGGAUGAAUACGGAAUUCAUGACAUGAAAACCAUUGAGUCAUAUGAUUUGCAAGGCUGGAUAUCCAGCGCCAAGCAAGGUGCGAGCCGCAGUUCCAGUGAUCAGCAGUUCCUGUAUUUCAACAGGAGACCCUGUGAACAUCCAAAAAUCGUGAAACUAAUCAACCAAGUUUAUCGUGAAUACAACACUAAAGAGUAUCCCUUUUUCGCUAUUAAUAUCCAACUGGAACGGAAGAAAAUCGAUAUUAAUAUUGUUCCGAAUAAGAAUCAAGUGAUGGUGGAGGAUGAAAAAGUUCUGUUGGCAGUUCUGAAGGCCUCACUGCGGCAGACUUUCCAAGAUCUCCUAGCAAAUAUUCCUCUGAAAACUCUGCCCGCGAACAUGCAAGCAAAGCCCAACGCACUUUCUCAGGCUUCUAAUCCAACCAGCCCUGCUCUGCUCGAUAAAACUUUUGGUACAAAGAAAUUCUUCGAAUCAUUGCGUUUUGGUACCAAACCAACCGAUACCGGAGUCAAGCGUGUGAAAAAUCCACUGCAUUCUCCACUCGGCUCAAACUCAAAGGCAAAGCGUCCGAAAGAGAACUCUAUUGUGGAACAGGCACCGUCUGUCGGAUCAAGAAUUACCGAUUAUUUGACCAAAUUCCCCGUGAUAACUUUGGAUCCACCUUUCGCAGAGUCAUCUUUUGGAUCACAAAUCCAGGAUACCGUAUCAGUUAUUGACGAGGCCGAAGUGACACGAAAGAAAUUGGGGUUUGGACGUGAAAUACAAGAGACGGAAUCGGUUAUUGGAACGCAGCGCGUAACCAGUCAGCCGAUAUUCAGUCAGUUUUCCACACCGGCUCCUGCAGACGCGAAAAAUUCUGGCAAACAGAAAAGCUUUGGGGAAUUUCAUCCACUAGGAUUUGAUUCCGUGAAAACUCCGCGUGCGGAAAGUCCUACCGGUUUUGGAUGUUUUCGUUUCCCUGCCUUGGGGAAUUCUCGCUCUGGAAAUGCUGCGCUGCCGCUGCGAACCACCACGGGAUCUAGUGAGGAAGUGGUUGUCGACGGAUCGGGUAUAAGACUCACUAUAAAACAUCCAAAAAUUCCCGAUGGUUUUACUACUGCCUUGGAUGAAAUGCGGAAACGUGAAAUUGAAGGAGUUCCCCCUGAAAUCGACGCAGUUGAAGCGCAACUGAAAGAAGACUUGGAGGCACUGGAGGCCGAAGUAACCCAAGAAGUGCUCGCCGACACAACGUCUGUUGACCUUUCAACAAACAUUAACAGUAGCCUAAAUGAAGAUGCUGAUAUCUCACGUGUUACCACUGAAAUUAAGACGGGUGCCGUUAUGGAGACUAUCGACGAAGACUUGCAGAAUAAUUAUCAGCGAUCAGAAAUUGUCAGCGUUACGCGCAAUAAGGUCUUUGAGCCUUCGGUCAACAGUUCUGCAGUGAUAAAUUGUAAUGAUCUCGCUGUGACAAGCGAUUGCGUGCUGGAUAGCUCCAGUUUGGUGCGGAAACGCGUGAGUAGCAAGAAGCCAGCAAGUCCUGGAAAAGCUGUUGAUCACGAGACUGACAGGGACAAGCCCAUCGGCACGAUCCCUGGGAAGCGGUCCGCCGUUCCCAUUCCAUCGUCUCACCUGUCACUGGAACGCAUUCAAGCUAGCCGUAUUAAGGCGGGAGGAGAUCGGAGCCGAUCGAUACAAAAUGCGGAGGCUGGUCACUUUCGGGCCGGCAUUGUGCCCACACAGAAUGAAACCGCUGAGGGGGAACUGCAGAGAAAUAUAAAGAAAAGCGAUUUUCAGAGAAUGGAAAUCAUCGGACAGUUUAACGAUGGGUUCAUCAUUGUUCGUCUGGAUUUGGAUGUGUUCAUCAUUGAUCAGCACGCUUCCGACGAACGCUAUAAUUAUGAGAAGCUUCAACAGAAUUACACGGUUGACAGCCAAAGAAUGGUUUGUUCGCUCCCGUUGGAUCUGAACCCUACUGAAGAGGCCAUCCUGCUCGAAAACAGACACGUAUUUCAGCAGAGCGGGUUUGAUUUCAUAGUUAAUCCCGAUGCUACCACGAAAAGAGUAUCUUUGUGCGCGGUUCCCAUCAGUCACAACAUGACCUUUGGCAAAGAAGACGUAAUGGAGAUGCUGCAUUUAUUAGAGGAUGCACAGGGAAUCAAUGUUAGACCAACACGACUCCUGCAGCUCCUAGCCAGCAAAGCGUGCCGCAAAUCUGUUAUGAUUGGCAAGCCACUAAAUUCCUUUGAAAUGAAAACAAUUGUUUCUCACAUGGCAGACCUCAAGGAACCAUGGAGAUGUGCUCAUGGACGACCGACGAUGCGGCAUCUGUUCAACAUCGACGACUUGGAGAAUUUAGGAAAGAAUAUGUAAUUCGACCUUCGCGAUGGUCAAUUUCUCGAGUUGCAUUCUAGUGGUACGAGUUUUAUAAGUUGUGCCGCUUAUCGGUGCCGAACCCACUCAGUUUCUUUUGGAGAUUUUCGAAGGUUGUGCAGAACAACACCCUUGUAAGUUGUAAAUUUGGGAAGAGUCCUUUGCGGCUGCGGUGGAUACUUGGUUAAUUGAUUUUAUUUAUUUCCUGAUUAGUGAUUCCGAAAUCGUUUAUGGACAAAGCUCCUUACUUUGUGAUUUUUAUUGCGUUAAAUUGUUACUUGUUGAUUUCAUUGUUGUGAUAGAAGGAAGGAGAGGUGAAUAAACUGAACGCUUAUCGA